AUGCUGGAACUGUUGCAUGCAAAGUUUAUCAUUGGUAUCUUGGUGUAUGUAAUACUUGUUGAUGAGUUAAACGUCAAUAGUUUUGUCACUAACAAAUGUUUUCCAGCGUACAGAUUUAAAGAGAGGUAUAUUAGACUGAGAAGGGGUCUAGGCCAUAGAAUUGGUCUUAAUGAUGAUUUCGCAGAUGAUUUAGAAUCAGGGUUAAGUUCAAGGCAUUUCGAUAUUAUAUCUAGAAACGCAUCCGACGAAAGGCAUGGCUUGGAUCCUGCUGCAAAGGAGGAAAUUAGGAACAUUAUGGAACGUGAAAACAUGGGAUUUGAUAAGGCACGAUUGUUAUAUACUGAAAGAGUUUUUGGUCAAAAUAAUAUUGCACCUGAUGGUACACCAUUAGAUCCCAAAGCGAUUACAUUCCAGUAA